AUUAAAUUCUUCGAGCUCAACCACACCACCUGCCACAACUUUCAUAUAGGUUCUAGGCCACGUUGAAGAUGCUCCGACAAGCCCUCGUUGCUCCUUCUAGAGCCCUUCGCUCGACAUCUCGCUCCCUUGCGAACCAGCGACUCUUUUGCCCACCACAGACCUUUGUUGCGCCCAUCGCAGUACGGAGGAUACAACCGGCGGCAGCGAGAUGGUACAGUGAGGCAGUUAAGGACGAACAGAAGAACGGCGAUGCAGAGACCAAGCCGUCCGCGGAAAGUCCAGAGUCCACCUCUGAGCCAGCCGAGGACGCAGCUGUCACAGAGCUCAAGAAGAAGCUAGAAACCAAGGAGAAGGAGGCCGCAGACUGGAAGGACAAAUGUCUCCGCUCUAUCGCCGAUUUCCGCAACCUUCAAGACCGGACCCAACGCGAGGUGAAGAACGCCCGCGAGUUCGCCAUUCAGAGCUUUGCCAAGGAUCUCGUCGACAGCGUCGACAACCUGGACAGGGCGCUCUCGAUGGUGCCAGCAGCCAAGCUGGCCUCUGAUGAGAAGUCGGAUGACCUCAAGGACCUGGUGAAUCUGUACGAAGGGCUCAAGAUGACCGAUGACAUUCUUAUGAAUACCAUCAAGAAGCACGGCCUCGAGCGUUUCGACCCGACCGGAGAAAAGUUCAACCCCAACGAGCACGAGGCAACCUUCAUGUCGCCUCAGGAGGGCAAAGAGGACAACACCGUAUUCUACGUCCAGCAGAAGGGCUUCAAGCUCAAUAACCGGGUACUUCGCGCCGCCAAGGUGGGCGUGGUCAAGAACAAAUAGGGAGACCCCCCUCUCGAACCUUAAGCGGACAUGAUAAACUACCCUUUUUCGUGUUCCAUUUGUACUAUUACUUAUGUGAUGGAUGCCUCACGAGAAAACCACACAAGAGAUUGGCAUUGGCGUUGGGGUGGACGGGAUCAUACAUGCUCCUCUCUCAUCACGGAAAAGUAUAUGGCGCGGCUGGUCACAGGGUCGUUCUCGGGAUCUGAAAAGUCAAGGAUCUGCAUCACUACCCAUUGUACAUAGAGACCAACAGCACCGAAUCUUCAUAGUUUCGGAAGAC